AUGGAUUCUGAUUAUGGUAUUCCCAGGGAGCUUUCAGAUCUUCAAAAGAUUCGGUCUUUGUACCAGCCGGAGCUUCCCCCUUGCCUCCAGGGAACCACUGUGAGGGUUGAAUUUGGUGAUGCUACCACCACUGCUGACCCAACUGAUGCCCCAACCAUCAGCAGGGCUUUUCCUAACACCUAUGGACACCCUUUGGCUCACUUUCUCAGGGCCACUGCCAAAGUACCUGAUGCUCAGAUCAUAACUGAGUUCCCUCCUAUUAGGGUGGGAGUUGUCUUUUGUGGGAGACAAUCUCCAGGAGGACACAAUGUUAUCUGGGGUCUUCACAAUGCUCUCAAAAUUCACAAUCCCAACAGUGUUUUGCUUGGAUUUCUUGGUGGUUCAGAAGGGCUGUUUGCCCAGAAAACUCUGGAGAUAACCGACAGUGUUCUUUCCACAUACAAAAACCAAGGUGGUUAUGAUUUACUUGGCAGGACAAAAGAUCAAAUUAGGACCACAGAGCAGGUCAAUGCUGCACUUGCUGCAUGCAACAAUUUGAAACUCAACGGCCUUGUCAUCAUUGGAGGGGUGACAUCAAACACGGAUGCUGCACAACUCGCUGAAACUUUUGCUGUAGCCAACUGCCCCACAAAGGUGGUUGGUGUACCUGUGACUCUGAAUGGAGAUCUUAAAAACCAGUUUGUGGAAACUAAUGUUGGUUUUGAUACAAUUUGUAAGGUGAAUUCUCAGCUCAUCAGUAAUGUCUGCACUGAUGCUCUCUCUGCAGAGAAGUAUUAUUAUUUCAUUCGUCUUAUGGGGCGCAAGGCAUCACAUGUUGCUUUGGAAUGCACCCUCCAGUCCCAUCCAAACAUGGUAAUUCUUGGUGAGGAGGUUGCUGCAUCAAAGCUGACCCUUUUUGAAAUAACAAAACAGAUUACUGAUGCAGUUCAGGCUAGGGCAGAGCAAGACAAAUACCAUGGAGUAAUCCUCCUUCCAGAAGGGCUGAUAGAGAGCAUUCCUGAAGUUUAUGCACUCUUGAAGGAAAUUCAUAGCUUACUCAGACUAGGUGUUGCUGUUGACAAGAUAUCUUCUCAACUUUCACCAUGGGCAUCUGCUCUAUUUGAAUUUUUGCCACCCUUUAUUAGGAGACAGUUGCUCCUUUACCCUGAAUCUGAUGACUCAGCACAGUUAUCACAGAUUGAAACAGAGAAAUUACUAGCAUAUCUUGUGGAAGCAGGGAUAAACAAGCGUUUGAAAGAAGGCACAUACAAGGGAAAGAAGUUCAGUGCCAUUUGCCAUUUUUUUGGUUAUCAAGCUCGUGGAUCUCUACCAUCAAAAUUUGACUGUGAUUACGCAUAUGUCCUUGGACACAUCUGCUACCAUAUACUGGCCGCUGGUCUAAACGGAUACAUGGCAACUGUAACUAACCUGAAGAAUCCUGUAAACAAGUGGCGAUGCGGGGCUGCUCCAAUUGCAGCUAUGAUGACUGUGAAGCGCUGGUCUCCAAAUCCAGGAGCCACAUCAAUUGGAAAACCUGCUAUUCAUCCAGCUACAGUGGACUUGAGAGGCAAAGCUUAUGAGCUGUUGAGACAAAAUGCAACAAGCUUUCUCAUGGAUGAUAUUUACAGAAAUCCGGGUCCACUUCAGUUUGAUGGUCCUGGUGCUGAUGCCAAGGUCAUAACUCUUUCUGUUGAAGACCAGGACUACAUGGGCCGCAUUAAGAAACUUCAGGAGUACCUUGAACAGGUUCGAACCAUUGUAAAGCCAGGAUGCCCUCAGGAGGUUUUGAAAGCGGCUCUCAGCGUCAUGGCGUCGGUCACCGAAGUUUUGGCUGCCAUGUCUACCUCUUCUAGCAACAGCCUGUCAGCCCUUUGA